UCAGUCUCUGUGAAGAAUACAUCAUACACCAUCUGACUGCACCCGAGACUUGCGACCAAGGAUUUACAACUUGAUUUUGCGCCCAGGGAACAAACCACUGUGUUUACGUAGUCUUCAGCUGUGUGUGGUGGUACAAACAUAGAAUCUAAGAGAUAUAUUCUCCUUCCUCUUCUUAUAAUUGCGUCCCUUUAUACUUUGCUGAGGUCGGCCUACGAUCGAUCGAUUGUCAGUACAUAGCUCACUCAGUCAAGCCGAGCUACUUACAAGUCGUCAUCUCCAACUCAGUCAGGUAGCAGACAACAGUACUAUUUAAGCUACUUUGAUUCUGUGGUAAAAAGUCUGCUGGUCCCCUAUAACAACCUCUGGUUGUCCAAUCAAAACUUCUUCGUUUCAUCCUUAUAACAAAGACAUGUCUACGCCAUUCAUCCCAGCCCGAUAUCCCAACUACUCUCAGCACGAGUAUCAGCAAAGAAUGUUUGAAAAUGAUCACGGAUACGAUGGAUUUAUGCCAGAAGUUCACGGUGAUCGAGUAACGGACGACGAAGAUGACGAAGAAGAAUACGAGGAUGACGAAGAAGAGGAAAUUCGUGAAGAAGGAGGAGAAGAAGAAGAAGAAGAAGAAGAAGGUGAUGAUGAUGAUGGUGAGGAUGGUGAAGAGGAAGUUGAUGAUUAUGAUGAAGGUGAUGUUGAUGAUGUUGAUGAUGAAGAUGUUGGCGAGGAGGCUGAGGAGGAUGAAGAAACCGCGGAAGAUCAAGAACCGGACCAAGAUGACGAACCAAAUCAACUUGACCGAGCAGAUGAAAAGCUUCACCCUGCUCAAGACCUGGUCCAGUUUCCAAAGCGCUUUGAGUCAUCGAGGGCCCUCAUCAACUCCAAAUACUUACUCGGCUGUCCUUCUCCGGGGUGUAAGAAAACUUUCGAUCAAGAAUCCAAUCUCAGACUACAUGCGAUGGUCCAUACGUGCUAUAGACCUCAUGUGUGCCUUCCUUGUCAAGCAAGACACAAGAGAAUGAACGAGCUGAAAGUUCAUUUCAGGAAUAUUCACACUGCGCUAGAAUUCGACAAAGAGAAGCAUGUGAGGACGAAGGACUUCGAUGAACUUCGAUCGGAAGCCUUCAUCAACCGAUAUGGAUGCACCCGUUGUCCGAAAAUGUUCGAAACUGAGGAUCAUGUCAAGACACAUUUUCUAGCUGAUCAUCCACGUCACCAAUGGAGUCCUAACAUGUGCUACUUCAAGACGCUCAAGUUCGUUAAUAACGAAAUUGAUCAAUGGCUGUCUCUCCGCCGAGACAUUGAAUCUGUCAUCCUGCAUGCAAAAUUGGCACGCCGGAAGCUCGUUUAACUUCCUUCCUUUUUAGUCCAGCCUCCAACUCUACCCUCGAUUUUUGAAGGCAAUGUCACCUCCUCUUGGCUAGCUCUUGAUCAUCCAGACGGUUCCAAACUGAAUCCUCCUUGGUGGAAUUUCUUCUUCUUUUGGGUUCAUCUCACCUGGUUUUCUUUUGCUCAUAUCUUUCCAGAUUCAUAACCCACAAAUAACCCAAAAAAAUAGUAAAAUUGUCCAAA